GGGGGAGGGAAAAGAAUAACUGAGGAAGCGGGCGGUGCCUGCCUGGGUGCGCGUCGUCGCCAGACGCGGGCGCAAUGCCGCGCCUCCGCCUCCCUCUGGUCCUCCUCCUCCCCAUAGCCCUCACCAUCAUCCUCCUCAUCCUGUUCCCAUUUUCCCCAAGCCCGCGCUCGCCCCCGCCUCAGCCACUCCCCUGCGGCGCCGCGCUCUCCGAUGCGGCGGACGGCCGGUGGGUGCCGACCCCAUCGCCCGCACCGCCGCCACUAUAUUCUCCGUCCUGCCCCUUCCACCGCAAUGCCUGGAACUGCCUCCGCAACGGCAGGCCCCAGCUCGCGGCGCUCUCCUGGGCGCCCGCCCGCUGCGGCGGCGCCGUCGUGCCGAGGGUCGACGCCGCGGGGUUCCUGGCCGCUGCCAGGGGGCGACGGAUUGGGCUCGUGGGGGACUCGCUGUCUGAGAACCUCGUUGUCGCGCUCCUCUGCGCGCUCCGCUCGGCGGACGACGGCGCCCGCAAGUGGAAGCGGCGUGGCGCGUGGCGCGGAGGCUACUUCCCCAAGGAGGACGUCGUCGUCGCUUACCACCGUGCCGUCCUGCUCGCCAAAUACACGUCAGAUCAUUAGGUAAAUAGGGAUGGAGAGAAGCUUUCCAACCUAGGAGGCUGUCAACCACCUUGUCAUUGAGAGGCUGGAGCUCACUUUUAGUGGGUUUGCGAACUGUUAGGUGAAGGCCAAGCUUACUUGGUGGUGACUAAUGAUAAAAAGGUGGCUUCCUGUGGAGAAUUCAGAAGUUAGGAAGGAUGGAAUAAAAGGAACAUACAGAGUGGAUGUUGACAUUCCUGCUAAUGAUUGGAUAAACGUCACCAAGUUCUAUGAUGUUCUAAUUUUCAACACUGGACACUGGUGGGAUAGAUAUAAAUUCCCAAAAGACACUCCCCUUGUUUUCUACAAAGGGGGAAAGCCGAUUGAACCUCCACUUGACAUGCACAACGGACUGAAAGUAGUCCUGAAAAGUAUUGCUUCUUACAUCGAAAGGGAGGUUCCUAGGAAAACACUGAAGCUGUGGCGCACGCAGUCACCUAGGCACUUCUAUGGAGGUGAGUGGGAUCACAAUGGCAGCUGUGUAUCUGAUAGACGUCUUGAAGAGCAUGAGCUCAAUUCUUGGUUUGAUCCCCAGUUUGGGGGAGUGAACAAAGAAGCGAGAACCGUGAAUUUAGCAAUUCAGGAAGCCCUGGCUGGCACGGAAAUCCAGUUGCUCAACCUCACUUACAUGAGCGAGUUCCGUGCUGACGCCCAUCCAGCUAUCUGGCUCGGCAAGAAGGACGCGGUGGCUGUCUAUGGACAGGACUGCAUGCAUUGGUGCCUGCCUGGCGUGCCGGACACUUGGGUCGACAUCUUGGCUGCACAGAUCAUGCAUCACUUCAAGCAGGAGAAAGGCUGAUCACAAUUUCUUUAAAUCUGUAGUUUUGCGAUAACUACAGCAACUGUGCUAGAACUUUUUAGAUUUGUAUUUUAGGGAUAACAUAACAAACAUUAAAUAGUUUUGCAAAUAUUCAUUAGGUUAGGUCUCCCAUAAUGCUAUAGUGAUGCACAAAACUAAUGGGCACCACACCGAACAUCGGAACAUCCCAGUGCUGGAGUUUUCAAAUAAGGUCCUCUUUAAAUCUGUAGUGUUUAAAUAAGGGUUUGGUAGAGUUUCUCUUAA